AAGGAUGCUACCGCUUUAAGAGGUACAUCCACUGUCCCUCGCCACACUCGAUACUUUUUUGCCAGCUCCUACUGUCAGCAGCAUUAUGCAUUUUUUUUCUCAGUUGUCUUGAGUGUGCAGGUUAGUGUGUGUCUGUCUGCAUGCGCGUGCUUGUGUCAGUUUUGCCUUGGUGUGUAUGCAAUGAUGUGUUGACCAGCGUCUCCAGGUAUGCUUCGCAUCUAAGCACGGCUGGUGACUCGUUGUUUACGUUUUUCGAAAAGCCUGACCACCGUUCCCCGCUCGUCAUAUUCAGAGAAUGAUAUGCUUUCGCCAAAAGCCCGGGACAACAAGGAAUACUUGGGGCAUCUUUUUUCUUAUACCCGAAAUCCACCAAAACUGAGGAAAAACGCUAGUGACUGUUUUAAGCAGCUUUGUGGCCUGCACUGUCGCAUAGGCUUCAUGGGGAGCCAGGCUUCCUGCAGCUACGCCUUCAUUCAUCACCUUACUUUCAAUGGCCGCCGCGCCGCCUCUAGGCUAGCGGACCAGGUAGGGUGCCGUGCUAGCACAAUGUAGGGGGAUUAGUAUCAAAGCAGCUCGGGCGAGGCCCUGCGUCCCGGGCCGCCAUUCAGCCCUAGCAUGGGAGCCAUAGCUGAGAAGCGCUGCGGGAGCAGCCAAGGUCAUCGUGGAGGGAGACUGGGGAAGGAACCCUGGGAACCAGCCGUCUCCCCCUGCUAAUCAGAGAGCUAGCCAGGCUAGCAGCACAGCAGGUGUCUCGCCCGCUAAAUGUACAUCUGUUUGGACCGCGGAUAGCGUGGCUGACAACGAGAGAAUGCCCCAAUGGCUUUACGUUUUCCUUUCUCUCUUCUUUCUCUACUUUCCUUUUCUCUGUUCUUUCUUCUUUUUUUGUUUCGCUCUUUUGCUUUAUUUGGCGUGGUUUCCUUGGUUUUCUUUCUUUCUCCAUCUUUUCUUUUUGGUUGUUUCUACCGAAAGCACCAAAUGUAUGCUUACUUAUCAGACUUAUGCAUUCUAACCGAAUGCUUUGCACUUGACUGGAAAUCAGUCCCAAGUUAUUAAAGAGAGAUUUGGGGGGAGACUCAAAGGUUAGGGACGAUCCCAGCAUGGGAACACCAAUUUGGGGGGGGGGGGGGGUAUAGAGACUGAAGAAGAGGAACUUUUUUCAAGUUUCUUUUUAACACAAGAUAUACAGCCACUGUAAUGGUUCCAUGGACAUUAUAAGCGCUAUUGAAUAAUCCCCUGUAUUAUAACCAAGUUCAAUGAUGCAAUCUCAUAGAGAGAACUGGGUUACAGGUGAAAGUAGCUGGUUGUGGAGUUUUUGGCUCCUUCUUUUCUCCACCGAGUGAUUGAAGCGUAUAUGAAUGAUUAUAGGCAGCAUUUUAAGCCGAUUGGGCAUCCGGUGGAGCGAGUACUAGGACUAAGGAACUCCGACGGGACAUCUGCUGGCUUCAGACCCAGUAGCACAUUGGCCUAGUAACUCUCAAGGGGCAGACCGACCAGGAAAUUAGCAACGAGGUUGGGAAAGAAAACAAGAAAUGAGGUAACGAUGAUGUAGAAAUAAACUACCGUUGACAUCUUCCGUUCUGAGUCAAGAAGGCAGCCAUGUUUUUUUUCACCCCUCCACCCCUGUUGAGAUAUUGGCAAGUUGUCAUGACGACAGGGAUGUUCUGCUGAUGAAGUCUCGCUCCUCGUUGUCCAAUCAGAUCGCGGAGUCUAAAUCUGCAGUAUGAAACAGGAGAGGACGCACCUAUUCCAGUUGCACAAUGCCGAGAAGGACAGCCCGAUCCUGGACCACCUACGGACGAAAUGGACGAUUUGGGGGAGGCAGUCAAUGGAGCCGCCAUGGUUCAACAAAACACAGCCCAGCGGGGGACGAGGAUGAGGGGCUGCCAGGCUAUGGCACAAAGGACUAUUCUAAUGUUGACCCGUGGAAAGGAGCUGUCAGAAGAUUGGAAGCGGUCCAGUGUGGGCCAAUGGGAGUGGGUUCUGUCUGGAGAGGCUUGUCAAGGAACCAGGCUUGCGUCUGGAUGACAAUGGGACAAGGGGACAUCUGGACCAGUCGAAGACGGACUUUUUCUGUUCAGACCAACAUGGACCAUCUUGAAAGAACAACGGUGGCCAUCCCGAAGCACGUGGGUACAGCAGACCGGGACAGGGAGCGACCGAAGACGUCUGCAAACACACCCGCCAGCUGGUCUGCACAUGCUCUGAGGACGCGGCUAGGGAUGCCGUCUGGGCCAGCAGCCCUGCGAGGGCCAACAAGCCCAAAUCCUGGCCAACAAGCCCAAACGUUCCACGCACGUCGGACACAAAGAACGUCCUUGCCCAACCCGCCUCCCAGUGUCAUCGAUGGCCAUCCGGCAUACACAGUGAGAUGCCUCCCGAGUGUUCGACCACGGGGCAGGGGUUUCCAGUACCUAGUUGACUGGGAGGGUUAUGAACCGGACAAGAGGUGCUGGGCUUUGUAUGCAUUGCGGAAGUUAGAGUAGCAGUGAUCGAGUGUAUU